AUGGCCUGCUGCUUGGAGUCUGCACUGCUGCUGCUGCUGCUGCUGGGGUCUGCGAGCUCCGCCGGCGGGAAUCGCUGCGUGGACGCGGCCGAGGCGUGCACGGCAGACGCGACGUGCCAGCAGCUGCGCUCGGAGUACGUGGCCCGAUGCCUGGGUCAGGCGGCGCCCGGGGGCCGUGGCGGGGCCGGGGCCUGCGCGCGCUCCCGCUGCCGCCGCGCCCUGCGCCGCUUCUUCGCCCGCGGGCCUCCGGCGCUCACGCACGCGCUGCUCUUCUGCGGCUGCCGGGACCCUGCGUGCGCCGAGCGCCGGCGCCAGACCUUCGCGCCCGCCUGCGCCUUCGCGGGCCCCGGGCCGGUGCCGCCCUCCUGCCUGGAGCCCCUGGAGCGCUGCGAGCGCAGCCGCCGCUGCAGGCCCCGUCUCCUUGCCUUCCAGGCCUCGUGCGCUCCGGCGCCCGGCUCCCCCGACGGCUGCCCGGAGGACGCGGGCCCGCGCUGUCUGCACGCCUACGCAGGCCUCGUAGGCACCGUGGUCACCCCCAACUACCUGGACAACGUGAGCGCGCGCGUCGGGCCCUGGUGCGGCUGCGGGGCCAGCGGAAACCGCCUCGGAGAGUGCGAAGCCUUCCUCCAGCUCUUCACCAGGAACCCCUGCUUGGAUGGUGCCAUACAAGCCUUUGACAGCUUGCAGCCGUCAGUUCCGCAGGACUGGCAGAACCCCUACCAGAACGCUGGGCACCGUCUCCCACAGUAGGGCCGUGAGUGGCCUGGGAAGAGAUGGAGGCAGAAGCAGCCUCCAUUUUGUCCUCACCCUCAAGGUGUCCUCGCUGUCCGUACUCACUGCCCUGGCUCUCCAGGCCCUGCUCUGACUAGGAGGGCUGACCGUGGACCGACCGCACAGCUGACUGCCAUGUCCCUGGCUUGCUGCUCGCUGAACUCAAACUGCCUUGCCCUGAGGUCUGCUGUUCUUUGUAGGUCUGGACACCUGUGUGCCUGUGGCCUGGACUGAGGGCUGGGGGCUAGGGUCUGACUGAAAAGCCUCUGCUUCCCCUGUCAGUAGGCAUCUUGGUUGUUUUCUUCAUCAUCCUUGAGAUGAUCACCUGUAGAGGAGGCCUGGCUGGGCCCCUUGUGCUUAGAGAGCAGGAGAGAGACUAGCCUCCGCCUAGAAUUUGGAGCCAUCUUCUUCGGAGCAGAGAGCAUAUGGACAGACCGACAACAGGCAAGACUGCCUCCCGUUAACACUGCAGCCGACAGACCCUCCCAGGUUCCUCGGCAUUAAGCCUACCAUGGCCCAGGACUAGCACUGACGUUGCUUGCCGCCCACGGCAUUAAAGAGGGAAGCUCAGGCCCCUCCUGCUCAGCAGCCCACUGGCUCCACAGCCUUUCCCCCUGUGGUUUCCCCAGCACCAGGUGCGGCACACCACCAGCUCAAUAAACCCAUGUGCACUGAGAGCAGCCUGGUUUCUCUGUCAUCUGACCGGAAUAUGUGGACUCCUGUGUGGCCUUGGAUACCCCGGAACUCUUCUUGAGUCUGAAUACCUGAGAAUGAACACACCCAGCAGCCAACCACUGAGACUUUCUGAGUGCACGUAUUUGCAGCUCCUUUGCACACUCAAAGCUGAUGUUUGCUGGUAUUAUCAGCCGCCCCUGGCUUCAGUCAUGUCUCUCCUAAGUGUAAACAGGUCAGAGUGGUUGGAGCAAAUGGCUGGGCAAGCUGGGCUUCAGGCACAUCUGUCUCUAGGGUUCAGGGAUCUUGAGAUUGCUAGGCAGGUUAGGAAG